CGGAGGAAAAGUUUUAGUUUCAGUGGUCAGGACCGGAGAGUUCGGCCAUGGGGGAGAUCUAACCGGACACACUCUCUCUCACUCACACACACACUCACACACACACAUACACACACUCACACACUCACACACACACGCUCGGACAGCAGCGCGCCCCCCCUCCGGUCCCGGUGAAGGUGUAUGUUAUGGCUGCCUCGGUGAAGGUGGCGGUCCGAGUCCGACCAUUCAACUCCCGCGAGAGCAACCGAGAUGCCAAGUGUGUCAUACAGAUGCAAGGAAAGACCACCUGCAUCGUCAACCCUAAACAGCCCAAAGACUCAGCCAAGAACUUCACCUUCGACUACUCCUACUGGUCACACACUGCAGAGGAUGACCUUCAGUUCGCGUCUCAGAGGCAGGUGUAUCUGGAUAUCGGAGAGGAGAUGCUGCUACACGCCUUUGAGGGAUAUAACGUGUGUAUUUUUGCAUACGGACAAACUGGAGCGGGAAAAUCCUACACUAUGAUGGGCAAACAGGAGCCGGGACAGCAGGGCAUCAUACCACAGAUGUGUGAAGAUCUGUUCAAACGUACGUCAGAAAACACAGACCCUGACCUGUCCUACUCAGUGGAGGUGUCGUAUAUGGAGAUCUACUGUGAGCGAGUGCGUGACCUGCUGAACCCGAAGAGCGCCGGUGCUCUGCGUGUGCGUGAGCACCCCAUCAUGGGCCCCUACGUGGAGGACCUGUCCAAACUCGCUGUGACGUCAUACAGUGACAUCACACACCUGAUGGACUGUGGGAACAAGGCCCGGACCGUAGCUGCAACAAACAUGAAUGAGACGAGCAGUCGCUCUCACGCUGUUUUCACCAUCAUCUUCACCCAGCGGCGCCGCGACCAGCUCACCAGCCUCGACACCGAGAAGGUCAGUAAGGUCAGUCUGGUGGAUCUGGCCGGCAGUGAGAGAGCAGAUUCAUCUGGAGCAAAGGGCAUGAGAUUAAAGGAGGGCGCUAACAUUAAUAAGUCUCUGACGACUCUGGGGAAGGUGAUCUCUGCUCUGGCUGAGAUGCAGAGCAGUAAGAAGAGGAAAUCUGAGUUUAUCCCAUACAGAGACUCGGUUCUGACCUGGUUACUGAAGGAGAACCUCGGAGGGAACUCGCGCACGGCUAUGAUCGCCGCUCUCAGCCCUGCGGACAUCAGCUACGAGGAGACUCUCAGCACCCUACGAUACGCUGACCGGGCGAAACAGAUCCGCUGUAACGCCAUCAUUAAUGAAGACCCCAACGCCCGACUGAUCAGAGAGCUGAAGGAGGAAGUGAGCAGACUGAGAGAAAUACUGCUGGCGCAGGGACUCAGCCAACUGAUCACCACUAACACGGGUCCAGAGGUGAAUAAUAAUCGGGUGUGUCCUGCACUACCAGCUGGUUCAACCCCUAAUGGUGCUCCACCAAUCACAGACCUUGUCCCAGGACAUAACCCUGCCCAAGACAGUGACCACAGCUCCGAAAAUGGCCUCAACCAAUCAGAGUUUCAGAAAGACAUCAUAUCCAAGGAGGAGGCGGUGGAGAGACUGAGGGAAACAGAGAAGAUCAUCGCUGAGCUGAAUGAGACGUGGGAGGAGAAGCUGAGGAAGACGGAGUCUAUACGACUGGAAAGAGAGACUCUUCUGGCGGAGAUGGGUGUGUCUAUUAAAGAGGACGGAGGAACUGUGGGAGUGUUUUCACCUAAAGGAACUCCUCACCUGGUGAACCUGAACGAGGAUCCUUUGAUGUCUGAGUGUCUGCUGUAUUACAUCAAAGAGGGAGUGACCAGGGUGGGUCAGAAGGAUGUGGAUAUCCGGCUGAGUGGACAGUUCAUCAAAGAGCAGCACUGUGUGUUCUACUGUAACACCAUCAGUCACGGAGAGGUGGUCGUCACACUGGAGCCGUUAGAAGGGGCAGAGACUUACGUCAAUGGGAAACAGAUUACUGAACCAACGGUGCUCAAACAAGGUAACCGUAUCGUGAUGGGGAAGAACCACGUGUUCCGCUUUAAUCACCCAGAACAGGCUCGGCUGGAGAGAGAGCGCAGCGCCAACUGUGAGCAGCAGGGGGAGCCAGUAGACUGGAGCUACGCCCAAAGAGAACUGCUGGAGAACCAGGGCAUAGACAUCAAACUAGAGAUGGACAAGAGGCUGCAGGAUUUGGAACUUCAGUACCGCAGAGAGAAAGAAGAAGCUGAUCUGCUGCUGGAGCAGCACAGACUGUAUGCAGAUUCAGACAGCGGUGAUGACUCUGAUAAACGCUCGUGUGAGGAAAGCUGGAGACUCAUCUCUUCUCUCAGAGAGAAACUCCCAGCUAACAAGGUGCAGUGUAUAGUGAAGCGCUGUGGAUUACCCAGCAGUGGUAAGCGGCGUGAGCCCCAACGCGUGUAUCAGAUCCCCCAACGUCGCCGCAUCAGUAAAGACCCCGAGAGUGUGACGGUGUGUGACCUGCAGCUGCAGGCUGUCAAGGAGAUCUGCUACCAGGUGGCGCUGGGGGAUUUUAAACAUACUCUGAGGGAGAUCCAGGCUCUGGCCAUCGUGAAGCUGAAGGAGCUGUUCAGGAUGUACGGUAAGAAGGAGCCAGAGGACCGAGAGCUGUGGAAGGAAGUAGCACAGGACGUGUGGGAGACAGUGGGUGUGGGUGAGGAGCGUGGGCAGGACGUGGGCAUGGCUUCAGAGGGAGGAGUGGGCCAGAAAGGUGUGUACGACCUCAAGGCUCACCUGGAGAAGCUGACGGACAUCCUGCAGGAGGUGAAGGAGCAGAACAACCUGAAGGAUGAAGAGAUCCGAGCGCUCAGAGACAGAAUGAUGAAGAUGGAGAAGGUCAUACCAGCAGUGCAACAGGACGACGGCUCAUCAGAGGACCAGGUUUGGGAGGAUACGGAGGCAGAUGAGGGGCGGGGCAUUGAUCAAGAUGGGUGUGGCCCCAUGGGUGUCCAGUCCAAUGAGGAGCGAGUGAAGCGGCUGAUGGACGAAGACCCCGCCUUCCGCCGAGGGCGUCUCCGCUGGCUCAAACAAGAGCAGACCCGUCUCCAAAACCUGCAGCAGCAGCAAAUCACCAAGCGGCUACGGCGUGGGGGCGGGGCUGGGGGCGGAACUGGAGAUGGAGGCGUGGUCCAUCUGCCCGGAACCGGACGGUUUAUCCCGCCGCAGGAGUGCAAGCUGAAGUUUCCUUUUAAGAGCAACCCGCAGCACCGGCUGUCCUGGAGCCCCGCCUCCUUGCAAGCCCUGCCCACUGGGGAGGACAGGAGUGAGGGGGAGGAGCUGAAUGAUAGCCAGUCUCCACCCAUAAAUCUCAUGGGUCCACCCACCACAGUCCAGGCGAUGGCUUCAUUUCUCCCUGCUCCUUUCCAGAUGCCGGUUGUCAUGGGACACCAGCGCAUGCGUACACCUUCUCCACAUCGCACCUGGCAACCACGUAAUUAUGACGGCAGUAGCUAUGGCAACAGCAGUGGUCACUUCCCGCAGCAGCAGCAGUGGCGCUGCAGGCGGAACUCUCUGGACAGUUCAACGGCUUCCAACAGGCAGGGUCGCUACGGCAACCCCAAUGACCAGGAGCAUCAGCAGCAGGGGGGGCACGGUCGCUAUCGGCGACAGUCACCAAGCCCUGGAUCGAGAGGGGAGGCGGGACACCAGCCUAGAGACGGUUACUAUGGCAACCAGCAUCACCACCUCCACCACCACCCUCAGCAGCAGCAGUUUAUCCCUCAUUUUCAGAUGUACCAGACUCCACCCCCCGCACUCGCACACGCACACACCCUGCCACGCAACAUGCACGGCUGGGGAGGGGUCCCAAAGUUCCAGGGGUACACCACGCCCCCCCGCAUGAGGCGUCAGUACAGUGCCCCCGACCUGAAGAGCAAGGAAACGCCCGUCUGAGUGUGUGUGUGUGUGUCUGUGUUGGUGUGUGUGUGUGUGUGUGUGUGAGUGGGUGCAACAUGUUUUGCUGACCUUUGUUGCUUUGUUGCUGCAGCUGUGAUGUCAUUGUGAUGUCAUACGUUACAUGAUAGUGUCAUUAGCCCAUUAGCACACUGACCUGAGCUACGCUAGAGACAGAACUGAGACACUCACAACACCAAAUAACUAAACACACUCUGUGCUGUGUGUGUGUGUGUGUGUGUGUGUGUGUGUUAAAGGGCCCAUACCAUGUAAAGCUGAGUUUCCUCACUGUGGUUAAUGCAGUGUGUAACUGUUCACUCUCCAGUCUCUAUAGUCCAUAUUUUGAAACCAAAGCUGUUUUCAGCUGUUUUCAGUUUGUGACCUGGGCUGGACGAUACGGCACAAAUAUCACAUCACAUAUACUUCAGAGCAGUGUCACGAUGCACAGUACGCAUCACGAUAUUCAGACGCACAAGAUGUUCCAGAUUUGACAAAAAGCUGCUAAAACAGGAGUCACAACCCAAAUGUUAAGAAGAGCCCAACCACCUUGGGAGCCACAACAUUUUACUGUCUUGGCUGUAAAUGUGCUGAUGUGCCAGUACAGGAUAACAAUAUAAACGAAAACUCAGACCCACUCUGCUCUGCUUUCAGCUUCAGCUCAGCUACAGCUGCUUUUCUCACAUCUCCAGCAGGAAACUUCUCCAAUAAAGUAGAACGGUUUCUUAUAAAACGUCUCUCAACGUUCACUUUAUGAGGCUGAAGUUGCUUCUCAUUCGCGAGGUUCUUGUUGGAUUUUCCCGUUCCACCUUAAAUCUCAGCCUGAGGUGCCAGAAUGCAACUGCUGCACUGUUUAAGGUGGAACGAGACAAUUUGAACGGGAAGCUGACUUCAGCUUCACGACUUUUCAGCGUUUCAGCUCCUCGUUGCUGUGAGGUUUCAGCAAAAUCCAGAUGAAUGCGGAGGUGAAUGAAAAGGAGAGGUUUAUUUACUUCAGGCUGAAUUGGCGUCAAUGUACAUGCAGAGGUCACAAGCGGGAUGAUUCAAAACCAAAGUCGUGGUCACAGGCAGAACGGUCAAACAAACAAGUCCAGAAACAGGCAACCAGAAAAAUCAGGGCAAGACAAAAGUCAGAGUCCAGAUAAACAAGAAACGGGUCAAAACCAAAAGGCAGUCAGAAAUAACGCUCAGCAAGUUCAUACCAGAAACAAUACAUCACAACGACUAAGUCUACAGCCCGGGCUUUUAUAUUCUGCUCUGGUCAUGAGUUCACCUGCUCAGGUGAGAUGAGUUAGUAAUCUGGUGACCUAAAGCGCUGAUAGGAGCGUGACCGGUCACGUGUUCUCCCGAUGAUUCCUGACCGUCCGUCUGAGGCGUGACAGUUUAAAUGUAUCAGGAAACCAGCUGGACUGAUUAUAAACACUAAUCAGUCCAUUCGUCUCCAGAUUAUCGAUGUCCGUCUUAAAUCUCUCUCUUUGCCGUUUCGUAGCUACUAGCUGGGCGAGACUGUUGUCUGUGUUGCUAUGGUGACCAGCCGUCUGCGCUGAUCUUCAGGGUUAAAGGGUGAGUCAGCAGUUCUUCAUUAAUUCCAGCGUUUAAGACCAUUUACUGUUAAACUGUGUUGAAGGAUCAGCAGAGCUUUAUUUUACUGUAGAGGAGGAUUAUUUUAUUAUUACCUGCUGAUCUGAUACAAUCAAACUCAGAAACGCACAUUAUCACCAUAAAUACGAUGAAACCACGUGUUUACCUGCGCACCCCUAUCCAGCCUACAGCAGUUUAGCCCCGCCCCUUCACACUGCGGUUAUAUGGAGUGUCUCAGCACAAACUGCACCUUAAACGAGCCACAAUCAGAAGAGAGCUCAUUUACAUACAUCAGUCUUAAAGACACAGUGACCGGCUGACGCUGAGGGAUGAAGAGAGGCUGGAAAAUGAUCAUGUAGAAAUGAAUUAUGACUGGAAGCCACAGUGCUGUGUACAGCAGAAAUGUAGGGUAUGGGCCCUUUAACUCCAAGGAGACAUACCUCAUAACCGCAGAGCGCCCUGCUUCAGUCUGACCCGCAGACUUAGACAUCCAGAUCAUCUGACAUCAUAGUGCCUUUAUCUCUGUGUGUGUGUGUGUGUGUGUGUGUGUGUGUGUGUGUGUGUGAGAGAGCCAAUCCCAAAGACUGUGUGUGUGUGUUCAGAGGAGACACAGCGCCUCCUGCUGGCUGAGUAUGGUUACUGACAGUAAAGGGCUCUGUAUGUAUGAGCUGAUGAACACUACCUCCUCUAUGCAAUAAGAGAGAGAGAGAGAGAGCAGAACAGUGGAGAGAGAGAGAUUAAACUAAUGAAGAGUGUAAGUAGGGAAUGAUAGAAAGAGAUCCAGAGAGAGAGGGGAGGGAGGGAGGAUGAGUGCUGAAGUGGGUGCAGGUAGAAACCCUCCUGAAUCAGGCAGCACUUUAGAAAGAAACUGGGGUCAGAGGUCAUGGAGACCGCAGGCUAGACGGCUGAGGGUUAGAGGGAACCUUAGUACCGAGUCCCGGCUGGACGCUGACCGUCAGAGCCAGGCCUUUAAUACGGGAUCUGAAGGAAAUAACCAACGUCUACCAUUACGCUAACAUCUGCCAGCACCCUAAGGGGAUUGUAGUAGUAUGUUAGCGCUAAGCUAACAGGGUUUGCUCGCCCGUUUUAGAGCCAUUUAAAGUUAAAACAUGUUUGCAGCGACUCAGUAAAGAGUCCUGUGUAGAGCUGCUGCUGCCGCUGUUCUACUUUCCUAACAGCUACCCGGAACACUGCUUGGACUUCAGCUCGUUUUCUCAGUCAGUGACGAAUCUAGAACCUCCAGAAUGAUUUUGCUCGCCACCACAAUGUGAAUCAAAGCAUGGUUGAUUGGUUCCUCUGCCACUUCGUAGUUAUGUUGGUAGUUAAUCUAGCAUGUGAGGCCUUCAGUCCAGCUCCUGAAGUCCUACCCAAUGGGAGAGCAGCUGGGCUGCAUCUACCUGCAUACCACUUACAGUGUGAUCAUCAUUUCUUUACACAGGUGGGUGAGGGUGGAGUUAGGAGUCUUGCCCAAGGACUCUUAUUGGUGUAGUGUAGGGUCCUUGCCCGAGGAGGGGAUUGAACCGAAGCCUACAGUGUAGAAAGCAGAGGUGUUACCCACUACACUAACCAACCACUAUAGAAACGUCAGGGGAGGGUUUGUGGACCCCAGAGAUGAAGUAAACACUGCAGGCAUCAUCAGUUUGUCUAUGAAGGCCUAGAAGGCCCAGAAAACACCAAUUACCCGGAUUGCGCUGAAAUUCUGGCCACCAAAAUGGUCAGAAGCAGCACAAAGAGAAAACCGGCCAGGAUUUUUGAUUAAAGGCCUAGAAAUGUGAAAACCGAAGACUUUCUGAAUGAUUUUAGAGGUGAUGAAUGAGAAAAGCUCCCCGUUUGUGCUGUUUAGACCGCAGAUAAGGAGAGUUUAGGCUCUGAUUAGUGUGGAGAGAAACUGCCCGGUCCGUCAGAGUGGACACUCAGCAUGAACAGCAGGUCAAGGCUUUUCAUCCCUGUUUAAAUUUAAUCCCCAUGAACCCGAAGGAGCAGAUCAGCUCUACUCUGUGUUCUGUAGGGUCUGAGGUCAGUUCACAGCGUUAGUGUAGAGUCGGGACUCGGUGCUAGAUUCUCUCUGACGUUCUGCUCAGAUCAGAAACACUACGCAGAACAACCCUCCGACUGACCAAGGACGUCCUGUACUCACUUAAAAAGGCAGUUCUUCAAGGGUUCUUUAGUAACGGGACUGGUUCUGUUUGGUUUGUCAUGCUUAAAUGGUUCUGUGCAUGGUGAAGUGGUUCUUUAGAUUGAUGUAGAAGGUGUUGUAUAUGUUUCAAUAUUGCACCAAAAAGGGUUCUGCUGUUGUUAUGACAUCAAGCUUGUGACAAUAGAAGAACCUUUUUCGGUGCCAUAUAGAACCCUAUUUGAAAAGGUUCUAUGUAGAACCAUCAACAACAGAACUGGCUAAAGGAAAUGGUCCUUUGCGUGGUGAUGGAAGGAGAAUGUGUUGUAUAUGGUUCUAUGUAGUGCCAAAAAAAAGGUUCUGCUAUUGUUAUGAUGUCAAGGUUGUGACAUAGGAAGAACCCUUUUGGUGCUAUGUAGAACACAUUCUCCUUCAGUCUGAAGAACCGUUUCACCAAAGACCCAUUUAAGCAUGCAGAUGGUUCUAUGUACAACUCAUUGUUCUAAAUAGAACCAUUCCCUUUAUUAUAGAACCCCUGAAGAAUCAUGUUCUUUAGGAGUGAGCAGAUGUUAUUAAACACUAAUGCGUUUUAUAUAAAUAUUAAAGUGCCUUCAAAUUUUUUAAAUUCACUUUUUCAGUUUUAAAUGAAAAAUGAUGAUGCGUCGCCAUGGAAAUGGCGCAGUCUACAGUAGCUUUGAGGUGAGUGUGUGUGUGUGUGUGUGUGUGUGUGUGUGUGUGUGUGUGUGUGUGUGUGUGAUUGUACAAGCUCCACUCUGAACUUGCUGGACUGGUCAAACCUCACACUGAUGUCCACAGCAGGAAACCGAGUGACCGAUUGAUCGUUUUCAUUGAUUAUUGAUUGUUUUGUUGAUUGUCCAAUAGGAACGGUUGUCGCUCUUUUGGACGAUGCUUUUAGUUGAUAAUGAUGUCUCUCUGUGACCGCGGAGAACAUCUCCAUGACAACCUGCAUUAGGGGGCGGAGUGUGUGGGGCUCACAGAUGAGCCACAGUGGAAAUGAUGGAUUUGACCUUUGACCCUACAGGACAAUCCUAUGUUUUAUUUCUGUGUUUUCAUCUAAAAUCUGUUACUCUUUUAGUUUUACAUGACUGUGUAGCCUUCAAUUUGAUUUCAGUCUGAUUUCUGUUUAUGAUUUCAGCCUGAUUUCUGUUUGUUUAUGAUUUCAGCCUGAUUUCUGUUUGUGUUUAUGAUUUCAGCCUGAUUUCUGUUUGUGUUUAUGA